AUGGCUCCAGGUCGUGGCGGCACGCUGCAUGCGCCUGGGAGGGACGGAGUGGGGUCGUGGCGGGCGGCACGCUGCAUGCGCCUGGGAGAGAGGGUGAGGAGGUGGAAGGAAGUGGGAGAGGGGGGGUUAGGUGGAGGAGAGAAGCAAGAGAGUGAGAUGGUGGGCGGAGGCAGUGGUGGGCGGAGGCAGUGGUGGGCGGAGGCAGUGGUGGGCGGAGGCAGUGGUGGGCGGAGGCAGUGGUGGGCGGAGGCAGUGGUGGGCGGAGGCAGUGGUGGGCGGAGGCAGUGGUGGGCGGAGGCAGUGGUGGGGCGGAGGCAGUGGUGGGCGGAGGCAGUGGUGGGCGGAGGCAGUGGUGGGCGGAGGCAGUGGUGGGCGGAGGCAGUGGUGGGCGGAGGCAGUGUGGGCGGAGGCAGUGGUGGGCGGAGGCAGUGGUGGGCGGAGGCAGUGGUGGGCGGGCGGAGGCAGUGGUGGGCGGAGGCAGUGGUGGGCGGAGGCAGUGGUGGGCGGAGGCAGUGGUGGGCGGAGGCAGGUGGUGGGCGGAGGCAGUGGUGGGCGGAGGCAGUGGUGGGCGGAGGCAGUGGUGGGCGGAGGCAGUGGUGGGCGGAGGCAGUGGUGGGCGGAGGCAGUGGUGGGCGGAGGCAGUGGUGGGCGGAGGCAGUGGUGGGCGGAGGCAGUGGUGGGCGGAGGCAGUGGUGGGCGGAGGCAGUGGUGGGCGGAGGCAGUGGUGGGCGGAGGCAGUGGUGGGCGGAGGCAGUGGUGGGCGGAGGCAGUGGUGGGCGGAGGCAGUGGUGGGCGGAGGCAGUGGUGGGCGGAGGCAGUGGUGGGCAACGCAAGCGAGUGGGUGGGUGGGUGGGUUGCAGGUGA